AUGAGCGCCAGACCACAGGGCCGUGGUAGGCAAACACGCAGAGAUCGUUCUCAGCGAAACAAAGGCCGAGACCACUCUGCAGACUCAGUUAGUAGCACGACAAGUACUCAAAGUGAAAGAGAAAGAGAUCGAGAGAGAGAACAACGGAAUGGGCGGAACUCCAGACGACGUCCUGAAAAGAAAGAUGAGCGAGGUAGACGUAGAAAUGAGGAAGGUAGAAGAGAUAUACAUGUACCUGAUAGAGAAGGCAGCAAAGCCACUGAUAAGGAUAAAGGAAAGCCACGCUCAGAGUCUGAGAAACUACCUCCUCGCGGAAGAGGUGAACCCAACCGAGAUCCUUCAAGGGAGUUAAAUCGAGACAGUUUUGGUUCUAAAGGUUCCACUAAUGAGCAAAUUAAUAUGUUUGGUGAUGAUUCUCGUUUGUCGCAUCUUGUUAAGAGGAUUACCAAAGAGUCUGAGCGAGACAGGCGUUUGACUGCAGCUCAGCAGUUUGAGGAAUUCCUUAAUGAUCCCGAGAAUUCUCAGGUGGUAGACAAGCAUGCAGAGAAUCUAUUUGUAGUUGUAGAAGAUAUACUCUUUGAAAGGGGACAACCUGAGCUGAAGGAAAAAAUAGCAACAUGUGGUGGUAUAAUUGGUGGAAUUUUAGGCAAUGAAGCUGGAAGAUUUUUUCAGUGGAUAUUUGCCAAGCUUGAGUCAUCUGCAUCAGAUGAAGUAAAGAUCUUUCUGCUAACAGCACUCUACAAGGCAAUCCAAGUAGACACUAAGAACAAAUACUUCAGGGAUUUUAUGACGAAUGUCAUGAGCAGCUUGCAAAAUAUCUUGGAAAAUGUAGACACUUCAGACUUACUACGUGCAGCCCUGAAUGUGAUGAUGCCGAUUGCCAUAGACUAUCCACAUGCUUUUGCUGGUCAUUUCAGGGAUACCGUUGACAUCCUUGUUGGAUGGCAUAUUGACACUUCUCAGCAGGCAUCUCUUACCAGCUACACUUCAGAAUGUCUGGUAAAGCUGCAUGACUACUGGGCAUCAGAUAUGGCCUUUUCGCUAACACUGCUCAGUCAGUUUUUGGAAGAUAUGGAAGCUUAUGCAGAAGAACUAGGCAUGUUGUCUAACCAAGUGGUCUCCUCAGAUGAAAUCCCAUCUCCCUAUGUGUCUCUCCCAAGGCUGACAGCACUAGUGAGAGUAUUUACAACAGUUGUAAAUGGCAUAGGACCAAGCUUUUCACCAAAUAGAAGUCCAUCCAUUACACCUCCAUAUUUAACAGAGUUGAUUCAAAGGAUUAUUCAGUGCAUCAACAUGUCUGGGUACUCUUACUAUUAUGAAAAACUCUUUGUGUCAG